GAGAUAAUGGAACCAUGGUUGGCGUGCCCCAGGAGCCCCUGGCCAAUCGACGGGCGCCCAACCACGACUAAACCCGACUAACCGGGACCCCGGCCGUCGGGGGGGUUGCCGCUAGUACGACACUGCGAAAAGGAUGAUAAGCAUCGGGCCUAGCCAUGUGGCGACUGGUGGAAUAUCGAUGCCAUUACGAGACGCAUACGCCGUACUGUUGAGGGCCACCUCUCCGGUGAGACUGCGAGGUAUCGCCUUUCCCUGCCGUACCCCGUGCUGGGCAGCCACCCGGCCGUCGGCAUCGCUGCUCCCGUUCAUCUACCUGUGGUCGCUCUUGUUUGCGGGACUACGGGCCACUGCUGGACGGUACCCCCGGCCAGGUCGGUCGGCAGCAGUCCGAUGCCCAGAGGGGUGAAACAGCUGGCUGAAGGUCAUCAGCCCAUGUACACCUCCACAACCCCCCACGAGGGGUUGAGUACUUCUGGGGACUAGUGCCUGGGGACUUUUACUUUUCUACGAGCUGACCCC